AUGAUCGACCUAGACACUCGCGGGGCGCCGGAAGCGGCCAGCCCGCUUGACUACGAUGGAUACGAGACCUUCUGCAACGAGCAGUGCGCGUCGCAGCGCACCGGUAACUUCAUCCCGACAAUGGUGCUCGAACGCCGCGAGGAGCUCCGCCAGCAGCAGCUCAGCAUUCUCAAGUUCGACGACGCAGACUUCAACACUCACGAGGACCAGGAGUUCGCGGAGUUGAUGAAGGAAAACGACGACUUGAUGUGCCGGAUUGAGCAGUUGGCGCACUCCACGCAGGAGCACAUCUCCAAGGCGGACCGCGUGUUGCGCUCCACGGAGCCGGGCUUCUUCUCCAAGAUGUUUCCGAAGCUCAGCGCCAACAGCGCGCGCUACUUCCCGGGCAUGUCCGGCUUGCCUGAGUCCGCCACUGGGCUUACCAGCAGCGCAGGCGCGCCCACCGGUCUCGCCGACAGCGGCUCUGCGUUUGUCGCCGGCCAGCUCCAGCCCGCCAACCGCCGUCGCCGUUUCUUGAAGCGGCUCACGUCGUGGCUCCGCGGCUCGCAGCUUGGCGGCGACUUCCCCAUCCGCUCCUACUCCUCGCGCCACGCGCCGUCGUCGCGCAAGUCCUGGAAGUGGCCAUCCGGCGGCUCGUCGCUCGCGCGCGCCGACGACCUCCGUCUCGGCCGCAACCUCAUUUCCUCCCCGUACGACGACCACCUCAAGCUCUGCACCCCCAUUAUCAUGAAAAGUCACAGCUACCGCCGCUCCCAUUCGAUGGGAACCCUACAGUCUAAACACUUCUAUGACAAGGUCCGCCGCGGCAUGCUGUUCUACAACAGCCGCAAAAAGGCGCGCCCCUCCAGGCCCAGUGAUCUGCAAGAGAAGGAUACCAGGAAAUCAGGCGAAGACUACGGCAGCGCCUCCAGUUACAAAGCGUACGGAAACUUGAUAACAACAUGA